AUGUUCACUAUCAGUGUUAUUCUGCUUUCAACCGUAUUAAGAAAUACAGAGACUUACCCAACAAGUUAUUCUAACUUGUCGGGUAGCUCAUCGAAUGUAACACCUGUUACUACGUCUAGCGGUGAAGAUAUUUUUGAUGUUUUUACGGCCUACCCGGAAGAAACACUAUCUACCUUUUUCGAAGAGAAGGGCUUGACUGAAUUAGAAAAAUUGUACACUAGUUACAAUUCAUCAAAAACGUCUGAAACCGAAACGGCAUUUAAAGAUUAUUUGUAUCAAUACUAUACAAACAACGAUAGUCUGGACACCGAUAUUAACGAUCUGAAAGAAUGCAAAACAAAUGGCUCAACUUCAUCCAGCUCAAAUUCUAGCUCUACUAGUAAAUCUACCGAAAGCAGCUCUAGUUCAUUAUCAAAUGUAACACCUGUUACUACGUCUAGCGGUGAAGAUAUUUUUGAUGUUUUUACGGCCUACCCGGAAGAAACACUAUCUACCUUUUUCGAAGAGAAGGGCUUGACUGAAUUAGAAAAAUUGUACACUAGUUACAAUUCAUCAAAAACGUCUGAAACCGAAACGGCAUUUAAAGAUUAUUUGUAUCAAUACUAUACAAACAACGAUAGUCUGGACACCGAUAUUAACGAUCUGAAAGAAUGCAAAACAAAUGGCUCAACUUCAUCCAGCUCAAAUUCUAGCUCUACUAGUAAAUCUACCGAAAGCAGCUCUAGUUCAUUAUCAAAUGUAACACCUGUUACUACGUCUAGCGGUGAAGAUAUUUUUGAUGUUUUUACGGCCUACCCGGAAGAAACACUAUCUACCUUUUUCGAAGAGAAGGGCUUGACUGAAUUAGAAAAAUUGUACACUAGUUACAAUUCAUCAAAAACGUCUGAAACCGAAACGGCAUUUAAAGAUUAUUUGUAUCAAUACUAUACAAACAACGAUAGUCUGGACACCGAUAUUAACGAUCUGAAAGAAUGCAAAACAAAUGGCUCAACUUCAUCCAGCUCAAAUUCUAGCUCUACUAGUAAAUCUACCGAAAGCAGCUCUAGUUCAUUAUCAAAUGUAACACCUGUUACUACGUCUAGCGGUGAAGAUAUUUUUGAUGUUUUUACGGCCUACCCGGAAGAAACACUAUCUACCUUUUUCGAAGAGAAGGGCUUGACUGAAUUAGAAAAAUUGUACACUAGUUACAAUUCAUCAAAAACGUCUGAAACCGAAACGGCAUUUAAAGAUUAUUUGUAUCAAUACUAUACAAACAACGAUAGUCUGGACACCGAUAUUAACGAUCUGAAAGAAUGCAAAACAAAUGGCUCAACUUCAUCCAGCUCAAAUUCUAGCUCUACUAGUAAAUCUACCGAAAGCAGCUCUAGUUCAUUAUCAAAUGUAACACCUGUUACUACGUCUAGCGGUGAAGAUAUUUUUGAUGUUUUUACGGCCUACCCGGAAGAAACACUAUCUACCUUUUUCGAAGAGAAGGGCUUGACUGAAUUAGAAAAAUUGUACACUAGUUACAAUUCAUCAAAAACGUCUGAAACCGAAACGAAUGCAAAACAAAUGGCUCAACUUCAUCCAGCUCAAAUUCUAGCUCUACUAGUAAAUCUACCGAAAGCAGCUCUAGUUCAUUAUCAAAUGUAA